AAGGGACAGGACCGGUUCUAACCUUCGGGAAGACCUUGGUGACAGUGUGAAGCGGCGGAGGCAGAGAGCUGUGUGUUGGGAACUCAAGCCCUGGGCUCGGAGCCAUUUUCUGGCAGGGUGUUCUACUCCCUUCUCCUCUGCCCUGGGAGAAGUCAUCAGUGCCCCAUGGCUUUGGGAGGCAUGUUCAGGAAUUCGGCAGCCACCUCUUUUUACCUGGUUGGGCUCCUCCAGAGAAAGAAGGCUGGAGCUUCACUCAGCCGAUGCUUGCACCAGACUCUCACCAUGGCCAAAAGGCUGCAUGCUCGAAGGCUGGAUGGGAUCGAUCACAACCCGUGGGUGGAGUACACCAAAUUGGCCACAGAGUAUGAUGCUGUGAACUUGGGACAAGGCUUCCCCGACUUCCCGCCUCCAGACUUCGCCGUGGAAGCCUUUCAGGAUGCUGUCAGCAAGGACUUCAUGCUCAACCAGUAUACCAAGGCAUUUGGCUACCCACCACUGACAAAGAUCCUGGCAAGUUUCUUCGGGAAGCUGCUGGGACAGGAGAUCGACCCUCUCAAGAAUGUGCUGGUGACUGUGGGUGCGUACGGGGCCUUGUUCACAGCCUUCCAGGCCCUGGUGGAUGAAGGAGACGAGGUCAUCAUCAUCGAGCCCUUUUUUGACUGUUACGAGCCCAUGACCUUGAUGGCAGGGGGGCGCCCUGUGUUUGUGACCCUGAAGCCGACCCCCACCCAGAAUGGGGAACUGGCUUCCAGCAGCACCUGGCAGCUGGACCCCGAGGAGCUGGCCAGCAAGUUCACAUCUCGCACCAAAGCUCUAGUCCUCAACACACCCAACAACCCCCUGGGCAAGGUGUUCUCCAAGGCAGAACUGGAGCUGGUGGCCCGCCUGUGCCAGCAGCAUGACGUGCUAUGCAUCAGCGACGAGGUCUACCAGUGGGUGGUCUUCGAUGGGUACCAGCACAUCAGCAUCGCCAGCCUCCCUGGCAUGUGGGAACGCACCCUGACCAUUGGCAGCGCUGGCAAGACCUUUAGCGUGACUGGCUGGAAGGUGGGCUGGGUCCUAGGCCCGGAGAGUCUCCUGAAGCACCUGAACACCGUGCACCAGAAUUCCAUCUUUCAUUGUCCCACGCAGGCCCAGGCCGCAGUAGCCCAAAGCCUGGAGCGGGAGCAGCUGCACUUCGGCCAGCCCAGCAGCUACUUCGUGCAUUUCCCACAAGCCAUGCAGCGCACCCGUGACCACAUGAUGCGCAGUGUGCAGUCUGUGGGCCUGAGGCCCGUGAUCCCCCAGGGCAGCUACUUCUUCGUCACAGACAUCUCAGACUUCAAGCGCAAGAUGCCUGACUUGCCUGGUGCUGUGGACGAGCCCUAUGACAGACGCUUCGUCAAGUGGAUGAUCAAGAACAAGGGCUUGGUGGCCAUCCCGGUCUCCAUCUUCUACAGCGUGCCACACCAGAAGCACUUUGACCACUACAUCCGCUUCUGUUUUGUGAAGGGUGAGUCCACGCUCCAGGCCAUGGACGAGAAGCUGCGCAAGUGGAAGGAUGAGCUCGGGGCCUAAGGGCGCCCCCUCGGCCCCGCCUCCCCGGUGGGUCCUGCAGGCUCUGUAGGGCUCUUCGGCCAGGGUUUAGUUAUUCCCAGGCUAGGGGUAGAUGGUACUGGCGAACCCCUCCUCUGCAACAUAGAAUGUCCCAGGGCAGAGCCCCGUCUUGGUCUUGGGGGAGUCAGGAGCACCUCCCCAUGGUGCCUGCCAUCCUGUUGCGGAGGUAAUGGAGGUCUGGCCUGGGCCCCUCCCUCGGUCAGGCUGCAGAGUUUUGGGUCCCUUCUGGCCUCACCAGACUUGGCUGGGACUCAGUGGGAAGAGUCCAACAAUGUCCUGGCCUGGGUUCCCAGCUCUGACCCCAGCCCUGCACUGGCCCCGACCAAGGCUGCGGCAACCCUCCCUUUCCUUACCUAAACUUGACAUUGGGAUGUAACCCGUGCUUUCUGCCCAUAAUAA